AGCCUGGCGGCGGCCCGUAGGCGAGGAGGAUGUGACGUCCGACAGACGAAGGGUGCUUCCGGGCCGGGUCGGUGGUGGCCGCAGGAGCGAUGCCGGCCCCCGAGAGCAGGUCGGUUUUUGAGGCCGCCCAGGACCCCGUCCUCCUGCGUGGGCUCGUCCUCGUCACCGGAGCAGCUGCGGACGCGUGGGGCACCGAGACGCCACCAGCGAGCCAGGAGAAACCCGUGGGUGCUAGCAGCAAGGAGAAGGCCCGUGAGGUCCCUGAGGUGCCAGAGCGUAUGUGCUGCUUGACCUGUGGGCAGGUCUUUGCCAGCCGGGAGGAGCAGACUGAGCACUACCGUCUCGACUGGCACCGGUUCAACCUGAAGCAGCGACUCCUGGGGCACCAGACACUGACGGUAGAAGCGUUUGAGGAGAAGACCCGUGCAGGUGAUGUUUCCAGCAUCUCGGGGUCUGAUUCAGAGAGCUCCGAUGCAAGUAGUGAGUCAGAGUUGCUGCCCUCUGCCAGCGACAGCCUUGGGCAUCCCCAGACCCCCCGAUCCCACAAGGUGCUCUUCCGCAAUGCGAAGGGCCAGCUCAUCUCCGCCUACCGCUGUGUGCUGGGCACCAGGAAGGGCGGCAGUGAGGAGCCAGCAGAGCUGACAGCAUCACUGCAGAGCCUUGGUGUGAGCACAUGCUGGGUUGUGCUGAUGAUGGGCGGUGGGCACUUCGCAGGAGCUGUGUUCCGGGGCCCCCAGGUGCAGGAGCACAAGACCUUCCACCGCUACACGGUGCGAGCCCGUCGGGGCACAGCCCAGGGCCUACGGGACGCCCAGACCCCAGGGUCGGCACCCAGGUCGGCCGGAGCCUCCCUGCGGCGUUAUAACGAGGCUGCGCUGCUCAAGGAUAUUCAGGACCUGCUGACAGCGUGGGCAAAGCACCUGAAUGAAGCUCAGCGCAUUUUCCUCCGGGCCCCGCGCCACAACCAGGCACUGCUUUUUGGUGGCAGGAACCCACCCCUCACCCGAGGCGACCCUCGCAUCUGCCACAUCCCCCUCAGCACCCGCAGGGCCACCCUGCGAGAGGUGCUGCGAGUGCAUGCCACAUUGGCCAGCCUGCAGGUGUAUGGGAAGGACACACCACUGGAGGAGAUCACUGGGUCGCCCUGGAAGGUCUGGCAGAAGAGGUGGCAAAAAGCAGACGUGGAUCCCGCGCAUGAGGACACAAGUGGCCCUGUCUUAUCACCUCCUUCAGCCCCAGGAGAGGAGGAAGAGGAAGAGGAAAACCCUGCAGGGGAACUGGAGACUGUUGAAGUGACACUGGGGACCUUGCACCUCCAGGAGUUCAAAGUGAUGCCUAAGCGAAACCGCAAGAGGAGGAAGAAGAGGGACAAGAAGGUGGAGAAAGGGCCCUGUGCUGAAGAGAUGGGGUGCCGUGGUACCCAGUGUGGGCAGCCCAGCCUGGAGCUGGUGCCGGAGCUGCAGGGGGAGGCUGAGGCUGAGCCCCUUCCUUGGGGCGAUGGAGGAGACCAUCAGACCCAGCUCCGUGAUGCCCUGUUCACUGCCUGCAAAACAGGGGAUGCGGGGAUGCUGCGACAACUCCUGGGUGUGCCAGAGAGCAGGGACCUUUCAGGGAACCAUAAGGAUGGGGUGGGCGCACAGCCACUGGAUAUGCCCCACUCUCUGCUCAACCAGCCCGUGGAUGAGCGUGGCUGCACCCUGCUUCAUGUGGCAGCACGUGCGGGGAAGGCUGAGGCUGUGCGCCUGCUGCUGGAGGUGGGGGCGGACCCUGCCCUCAGAGAUGGGCAGGAGAGGACCCCCUACUGUGUCUCUGCUGACAAACUGACCCGCAAUGCCUUCCGCAAGUUCAUGGUGGAUCAUCCAGACAAGUACGACUACAUCCGUGCCAAGGUGCCAGGGCCCCUGACGCAGGAGAUGGAGGCCAAGAAGCUAGAGAAGAAGCGGGCACAGAAAGCCCAGCGGAAGCAGCGGGAGCAGGUGCAGCGGGAGGAGCGGCAGCGCUGGGAGCAGGAGCAGGGAGAGAAGCAGCGGUUUGCAGCCCUGUCUGACAGGGAAAAGAGGGCCCUGGCUGCCGAGCGGAGGCUGGCUGCACAGCUGCAGGACACCGGCACAACUCUUGCCAACAUCAGCCGCUGCUGGCAUUGCGGAGAGUCCUUACUGGGCCGGAUCCCUUUCCAUUACCUUGACUUCUCUUUCUGCUCCACUGCCUGCCUGCAAACACACCGCCGGGCCCGGGCCAGCCACACAUAGGCUGGGGACUGCUGCC